CACAAGACAAAGAAGAAUCAAACGGCAAAACCCAUGCUGGUCAUAAGAUAAUAUGACGAUUAAAAAACAAUAGAAAUCGAUGUAUAAGGUGAAAUCUCCAGUGUAUUAUUGUUAACGAGAAUUUGCCUGCGUAAGGAUCGCUCAAAAAUUACUUUUCAAAAACAUCUUCACGUUAAGAUAAACAGAAUUGAACAAUCGGAUUUCGCUGGAUGAUAUACUACACUUGAAGCAAGAAACCAAUAGUGAUGGUACUCAUAGAAGCAGACAACUACCAUACUUGGGGCGAUAGAAAAAUGUACAUAUUGGCCUAUGCAAGUAUAGUGACCGUCGGUGGCAUAGUAGAAAAUCUUUCUGUAAUAUUUCUCUUUGCCAACUUCAAAUCGUUGAGGACUGUGACGAACAAUUUCAUCAUUAACUUGGCAGUUUGUAAUUUUCUUCUUUCGUUAAUGGACUUGGUUUUUUCACUAUCUUCCCUUUUCGCUUCCGAUUGGUUAUUUGGUAAUAGCCUCGCUAUCGUUUAUGCAUUCAGUUAUUUCAUAUUGGUCAGUGUCUCAAUGGUCAUGCUGGCCGUUAUUGCCAUUGACCGUUACCACGUGAUUUCACGUCCAAAGCUGCCAGUACGACUUACGACAACGAAAUCAAUCAUCGUCAUACUAGCCGUCUACAUCUAUACUCUCACCAUUGCGUCACCAAUACUAUAUGCGCCAGCUGGACUAGAGGUUAGAAUGUAUGUCAGCGGUUGUUACGUAGAUUUUGCUCCUAGCUCAAAGUACGGAUCUGGUACGUAUGCUAUAGUCAUAACGGCGUUGCUUUACGUCGUUCCUUUAACAACUAUGGUUCAUUAUUACUGGAAAAUAUACAAAGUUUUACGAGAUCGUCGAAAGUCUUUGGCCAGCGGUCGUAGAGGUGACACGCCUCACAAAACACAUAGUUGCAAACCAAAGCAAAUACAGAGCACGUCAUUACGACCAGUUAGUACAUAUACCAUGCGUAAUACACCGGUAAAAACUCUUCGUGUCAUAGCAGCGCUCAUCAUCUUUUUUAUAGUAACAUGGACACCGUACCAAAUUGUAUCUUUAGCGAGGGCAUUUCACGGUCGAAUAUUAUUCAACGAUGAGGCUAAAGAGAUUGCUGUAUUACUAACCAAAUCCAUUGUCAUCAUUAAUCCAAUUGCGUAUGCGUUGGUAAAUCAUCGUUUUCAGAAAUGCAUUGCGAAGUUACUUUGUCCCUCUCAGGUAAUUCUCGGUCCGACAACAUGUACUGACAACUCCACAGAUUUUCCACUUAAUCGGAAUGGGCGUGGCUCUGUUAAAGAAUCUCGCAGAAACUCGCGCGGGUCCACUCAAGAGCGUAAACCGCGGCAUCCAUCGCGAGUAUCUCGACUACCAUCAACCCCAGAGGUUUUUGUCUCAGAAUCUUUUAUGCCCAAACGACAUUCAAACUUACGAAAAACGUACAGCGAUAGCCAAAUAAACAAGCAUGCUCGUAUGGAGGAGAGUAAAAUGAGAGAAAUGGAGAGCGUCUGUGUAGACGUAACACAGAUCUUGAUCGUUUCUUAAAACUUUCCAUGAAAACAUCACAGAAAACGAGAAACUGGGACGUAUAUGUUACAUCAUUUUAAAAUCAAAGUUGCCUCAAGUUUAUAAUAUAACUAAGGGACUUUAUUUUAUACUUAUAACUAAUGGACGGUGAGACAUAAACGAACGCUAUAUAAAACUUAGGUCAUGCUUAACGAAAGCGUAUCAUGAAAAACUGGGGUUUAACAUGUAGAAAAAAUUCAAAGUCUUUUAA